CAAGAGAGCCUCGGAGAGAGGAGCCUGCUUUGCUCUUCUCGUGUUGCCAACAUCGACAACAAUGGCAAUAGCCCAAUACAGCAGCACGAUGAAGGCAUCCUGUGUAGUACUUGUUUCAAUCCUUCUUCUAGCCACUCUUGCAGCUGCAGAUGCUUCUUCAUCCUCUCCUCCGUCUUCCCUCGGCAGGCAUCCAGCGCUGGUUCUAGGUCGCAAAGGCAGAGAACUCGGCCAGUCAUCAGGGUACCAUUACCAGCAUCAGAGCAAGCACAUGCAGAUGCUGCAGCCUGAGGAAGUGGCUAUGGAGGUGAAGAAGCCCAAGGAGGAGGAGGCCAAGGCGGGUUGGACGGCGGAUCAGGGCGAGGACGCGGAGGCAGGGCUCAUCUACAGCGCGGACUACAGCGGCGUGGCCAUGCAUGCUGGCUCUCCGCCGACAGCGAAGCCCAAGCACAGGCACCCCACCAAACCAUAGGACACUGUCCUUAAUCCUUGUGUAGUCAAUUAUGUUGUUAGUCGUGUGUUUUCAUCGCUGGAUUGUAGUUACAAGCACCCCUGCCGUCUUUGUAAAAUAUAUAUAUGCUUCUGUUGCUCUUGCUCUCUUGCUUUCUA